AUGAGUUCCACUCCUCUGCAUGAGCAAGAGGCCCAGGUCCUUCAGCAGGGUGGCGGUCAGGGUGGGGAGGUGGUACCCUCAGGCAGUGUAGCCUCCCGCCCCCCUCAGCCCCACUCAGACCCCCAGGCCUCCAGACGUGUCUGCUUCUAUAAGAGUGGAGACCCCCAGUUCGGAGGCCACCGGAUGGUCAUCAAUGCCAGGACCUUCAAGACCUUCGAUGCCCUCCUGGAUGCCCUGUCUAAGAAGGUCCCCCUGCCGUUCGGGGUCCGCACCAUCACCACCCCCCGUGGCUCCCACCCUGUCCGGGGUCUGGAAGAGCUGCAGAAUGGGGGCUCCUAUGUCUGCUCGGACCAGCGGAAGGUGAAGCCCCUCAACCUGGACGUGGCUAACCGCCGCCAGCCACCCUGGAACACCACCACCCGGCCCGUCAGCGGGGGUCGGAGGGCGCAGCGAGGGAGUCGUGGUGUCCCCGGGGAAAUCAACCGGCCGGCAGACAGCAGGAUCAGGACCCCUAAAAGGCUGAUAGUAUUUAAGAAUAGAGACCCCAGUGUGAGGAGGACUGUAGUUCUGCAGAGAAGAACGGCUCCAACCUAUGAUGCUCUACUGGACUACCUGUCAGUCAUCAUGCAGUUCCCUGUACUGAAGCUGUACACACCAGAUGGCAGCAGG